UUAUCCGAGCUCUUAUCAGUGGAGCUUUAUUAGAAGGCGAAAGGGGGAGGGGCAACUCUCGUUUUCCUGUCGGGGGGUAUGCUGAUGGAUAAGUAUGAGACCCCCUGCAAGAAUGCGAUCACACUGAAAAAACAAGUCAUUGUGUUUGUUGCCUCCUCCGUCGAGUCGGAGACGCUCCAGAAACAUGCAGCAGCAUCUCACCGUGCCCGCUCUUCUCCUGGCAUCCCUCUGGACACUGUGCACGGGAUCAGGAGAUUGGUGCUAUCAGUCCCAGUUCACCUGUGAUCAUCAGUGCAAUGCACCAGAAAAGUGGAACCACGUCAACGGUGACUGUGGAGGAAGAUCCCAAUCACCCAUCAACAUCGUCACCAGAAAGACUUUAAAAGACGAACGACUGACUCCUUUCCAGUUUAAGGACUACCAGCAGAUCUUCAGAGGCGUAAUCAAGAAUAACGGCCAUUCGGUCAAGGUUGACGUUCCUCACCUGAGCACCAUCUCCGGAGGCGGCCUGCCGACCACCUACAAGGCCGUACAGUUCCACCUGCACUGGGGAACCAACGGAGGGCCCGGUUCUGAACACACCAUCGAUGGAGAGCAAUAUCCCAUGGAGCUGCACAUUGUUCACAUGAAGCAGCAUUACGCUGAUUUGACAACAGCACUAGCAGACCCAGAGGGAGUUGCAGUCCUUGGGUUUUUCUAUGAGAGGUCCAGUAGUGCAAACCGAAAGUACGACCCGAUCAUCAACGUUCUGCGAAGCAUCAAAUCUACAAAUGACAAUACAUCGCUGCUUCCCAUCUCCCUGGCACAACUCAUCCCAUCUGAGCAGAACAUGACCAGCUAUUACCGCUAUAAGGGCUCUCUAACCACCCCAUCGUGCACAGAGUCUGUGAUCUGGACUCUGUUUGAGAAACCCAUUCCUCUGAACAUGGACCAGCUGCGGAUGUUCUCUGAGCUCAAGUUUCAGGAUGGAAAGCCAAUGGUGGGGACCUUCAGGCCGGUCCAGCCCCUGAACGGUCGACAGGUGUACCAGUCAGGAGGCGCUGUGAUCCUAGCCAGCUCAACUCUCCUUGUGGCUGCCAUCGCCACUGCCUUGGGACUGUCCCAACCCAUUUAGAGCAAAGCAUCCCAAGCUGCACUGCGACAUCCAUGAACACAAUAAGUUCUGCAUCACUCCUCAGCUGAACCCUGGUUUGUAACAUCUUCAUCGCAUGGUUGCUAAGAUGAUCGACCACGUCGUAGUGCAAGCAUGACUCACCCGGUGUUGCUCUCUUACAACACAGAUGACAAAGGCGUUUCGAGGGACGCCUUACGAAAGGUGCUGUGAGGGUUCGAGCAACAUUCAUGCAUGUGUAGUGAAGUUGUUGGUCUUAUUUCAGCAUUAUGAAUGUGCCAUAAGCAGGUUACCAAGCACUCAAAGUGACAACUGAAUUCAACACCAGAACCCUUAGUCAUGCCCUAAUUUCUCACAGCAUCAUCAUACAGAAACCAGCACACACACACACACACACAUCCUUGUCCACUUUAGCUCCACUAAAGCUCCAGGUAAAUUUAGUAUCCACUAAUGCCAGCAUGAGCAGCCGAUGGUUUGUGCUCUUAGUGCCGAUUCCAGCCCCAUGACCUGGCACGUGAUGUGUUGUUCUCGGCGGGGGCAUGUGAACAGCAUGGAGCUAUUAAUAGCAGAACUGAGUCACAAAACACCAGCUCUAUUUCGAAGCCAGCGGUCAAAGGAGUCAGAAGUUUGGCUUUUUCAAGGUCCAGGAGCACACAGCGCGGCCGUCGGGUGAACUCCAGCUCAGCAACUCGGUCAAGCAGUUGGUUCGGGAAAGGAGGGGAGGGUGAAAGGUGCGAGGUCUUGCCUUACUCUGCGGGAACAACUGCGCUGCCGUUUUGAAAGCAGAGCUGCAGUCUGUCUCCUGCCAGAGUCAGGAGGCCAACGACACCUGAGACAAAGAUGAAGACGCUAAUGGUGGUUUCAGCGCGAGGAGACAGCAACAACUUGACACACAUGAAACGUCACUUCUUCUUCUUCUUCUUCAAACCAUUUUUUUCAUGCAUCUCAAAAUACUUGCAUGACCUCGCAUGUCUUGAUGUGCAAGAUGUUUAGCUACAUGUACAGCACAUGGCUGCUGCAGCAGUGAAGCUGCACACACAAAACCAUGCUUGCCAAAUUCAUAAACACACGCACACACACCUCAGGCACUCAGUUUCUCAUUUUUGACCCGUGAAGUUCAGUGAGCUUAUCUUGAGUACAUGUGACUGUGUUCAUGGCUUGUAUUACAGGGUCUUGGAUGCACUGAAUGUUAUCGACUGUGAAUUACACCCCACUUGGGUUCUCCCUCAUUUAUCCAGAAGGACCCUUUAUGUAUUCUAGUGUGAGAUCUGUGCAAUUGUCCAGCAAGAUUUACUGUGAUGAUUGUGCAAGGAAUCUGUAUAUUUUCCCAUUGUCUUCAUCACGACAUCGAGUUAUAUUUCUAUGCUGUGUCCUUGUACACAUGUAUUUAUGUACUGAAUGUGUAUAUUGAUAUGAGACACACAGUUAUUGUUAUUUAUGUAUUGCAAAGUUUAUAUAGUAUUGAAUGCAAACCCAUAUAUGAAGCAUCAAGUUGUUCGUGACCAAUCGAGUUUACUUACGAUGUUCAAGUGUAUGAGAUUGUCAGGUUGUAAUGCUUGUCAUAAAUAAUAUGGAGAAUGUGUUCCAACUGAGCUAAAGAAUAAAAUUACUUACAUGCCUUUUUAAU